GUUACUCUAUGUAACGACCCUAGGACCUCUCUCUCUUCUAUCAGUCCAAUUCUUUAUAGGUCUGUGUAAGAAAUACACAGAGCUACACGAGUUUCGAGAACACCAGCAGCAGUUUUAAUACAAAAUCGUAAUGUUCUCUGUUUUUAAUAUUAUCACAAGUUGCUAACUUACCAAUAUUUUUUUUUGUCUUGAUAUUAGAAAACUGUUAAGUGUUGAUAUUUUGUUCUGCAGCUAGUAGCUAAAGCUAUUUAGUCAUUCUGCAUAAACAUACUAUACAAAAUAUAAUUUAUAGUAUCUGAUUCUGUUUUCAUCAUAAUGUAAACAAUAUGGCUCGUUAUUAAUUUGUAAAAUGACUUUUAAUAAAGUGGUUACUUUAAUAUAAUAUAACAUAGUACAUAAUUUUACUAAUUAAUUAACAACAUAAUAAUUUAUAGUUACGUUGGGUUUAGAAUUUAGAGUUUUAGUCCCAGUGGCGAUAAGAGUUAAUAUUGCACGAGGCAAGUGAUUUUCAGUAAAACAUUAUUAGCAAAAAUUCUAAAACUUACGAUUAUUUCUAGCAAAUUAUUUGUUUGUGUUUUGAAUGAAUUAAGAUCAUGGAAUUUAAAACUAGAGUGAAAAAUGAAAGUGACAUUGAUGCGUGGGAAAAAUCUGAAGCAUACGAAGUAGGACUAUGUUGGUUUUAUCAUAGCUAUGAACAAAUCUGUGUAUGCCAUUCCCUUGACUAAGGCUUUAACGUUAUCAGAUGAAAUAAAUCAGUUUGUAAAUAUAUUGGAUACUAUAAACGAAUGGAUUACAGAAAUUGAACCGUUGAAAGAAAGUUGUAGAUUUGGUAACAAGGCUUUUACCACUUUUUACAAUAUGCUAAAAAUUAAAAUUCCUGAUAUAUUAUCUAAAGUUAUACCAUCUGUAGAACAACAAAACUUAAUAGAGUUGGCAACAUAUUUUAUCGAAAGUUUUGGUAAUCCAACUCGUAUUGAUUAUGGAACUGGACACGAAUUAUCAUUUUGUAUGUUUCUGUGUGGACUAUUUAAAGUAAAUGUAUUAAAACAGCAAGACAGUAAAGCUACAGUAAACAUAUUAUUUACAAAGUAUUUAGAAAUAGUUCGUAGACUUCAACUUAGGUACCAAAUGGAACCAGCUGGUAGUCACGGAGCAUGGAGUCUAGACGAUUACCAAUUUGUACCUUUCAUUUGGGGUAGUGCACAGUUAAUAGAAAACCCCGAUCUUACUCCUAAUUUAUUCGUCGAGGAAAAGUGCGUUCAACAGUUUAAGUCAAAAUAUAUGUUUCUUGGAUGUAUUGAUUUUAUAAUGCAAGUGAAGAAAGGGUUGUUCCAUGAACACUCAAAUCAACUUUGGAACAUAAGCGGUGUUCAAAAUUGGAAUAAAAUUAAUGACGGUUUAAUAAAAAUGUAUAAAAAAGAGGUGUUGGGAAAAUUUCCAAUUAUUCAACACGUACCUUUUGGUAAUUUGUUUCAAUUCAAACCAUCCACAAAACAAAAACUUUCUUCUUCAUCAUCGACAUUUAAACCUCCGUCGUCAUCGUUGUUGGAAAAAUUAAAAAAACCCCCAACGCUAGAAACAAGUAUAAAUAAACAUUAAAGGAAAAUUUAUUUGAUUUAAUGUAAUAAUUUUUAUAAUAAAUAUUGUAAAUAUUUCUUUUUAUUAUACGAGUACAUCCAUAGCUACAUGUGUUCGCAAUUUAACUAGUACCUGACAUAAUUAUUGAAGCAUUAAACACGACUAGCUAUAUUCAUACAUAACUUUUUUU